AAUAUUCGAUUUUUAAUGUUAACAGUGUAUCGUAAUAUUCAGAGAAGUAUUAUUAUACACAUAUAUAUUUAUUGUAACUAUGUAUACUAAUUAAUAAUUAUUAUUGUACAUUAUUUUAGCAAUAUAGUAUUUUAAUAUAAAUAUAAACGAAGUUUAAAUUUUAGUUUUAUAGUUACAACACUAUAACAUUUCAGUUAACGAAUAAAUUAAAGAAAAUGAACAAGUCCGACAUAAACAAGCAACGUCUCAACUACAACAUCGUGCCAAUGUCUUCCGAUAAUGAUAAUGAUAGACAAAUAGUUAUUGAAUUUUUAAAAAAAAAUUUUUUUCAACAAACACCGUUAAUAAUGUGUACACAGUUAUAUAAAGACGUUGAAUCAGUGGAAAAACUUCAAAAUUAUCUUUUCAAAAUUUUGGAUAAUGGUUUAACUUUCAAAGCCGUGUCUUCGAAUGGAGAUUUGAUUGGUGUAAUUACCAACGAAAUAAUUGUUAAGGAUAAUGAAAAACGAAGUAAUUGUAGCAGUAACAGCGAAGUUCAAGAGGGCAGUGUUAAGUUCAACAAGUUCAUGAAACUUUUUCAAAAAGUCGAACAAGAAUCAGAUAUGUUCGAAAGGUACCCAAAUGUAAAUCGGGUAAUGUAUAUUAAGGGUGUCGCUGUGAAUGAAGCAUUUAGAGGCCAAGGAGUGUGCAAAGCCCUGUUUUAUAAAAGCAAAGAAUUGGCAUUAGAAAACAAAUGUUCAAUGGUCCGUGUCGACUGUAGUAGUUAUUUUUCUGCUAGUGCAGCAGAGAAACUAGGAUUUCAAUGCAUAUAUUCUUUGAAUUAUGAAGAAUAUACAAAUGAAAAAGGUGAAGUGAUAUUUAAUGCUUUACCUCCCCACAAAAAAUUUAAAGUGUAUGUAAUUUCGAAAUUAAAUUAAUUUUAAAUUGAAGAUUUUUUUUACACAUAUUAAUAACCAAAUUAUUCGUAUGAUAUAUUAUAUAUAAAUAAAUAAUUAAUUAUAUAAUUGUAUACUUACAAGGCUGUAAUCUACUCUUUCAGUAGUAUGUAUCCAUUACUCAUAUGAAUAUAAUAUGCUAUUAUAUUUGUAUAACAAAUCAUUAAUUAUAAAGACUA